AUGAAGCGAGGAAGAGGUGGAAAAGAAGGCGAGCCCAAAGCGCCAAAACCGAAAAAGGAAAAACCUCGUAAGCCUACUUAUGAUGAGUUGAUAGCUGAGCAAGAGAAAGCAAUGCAAGACCAAUCCUUAACAGUCUCCAAUGAACAAGUAAUUGAGUUUCUGAAGAAAAAUGUUGGCGAAAAGGAUGCAUUCAUUGAACUUCGUCAAUUGCUUUUAGCCUCCCCAUGCACACGAAACAAUAUAAGUGAGCUGAUUUCGACAAUAUUUGACCUAAUCACUGAAGACCCUAAGCAGCUCUCAUGGGGAAAAGCCGCCAUCGAAACCAUCUCAACUGAAGUUUUGGAGCCAAAAAAUAGAAUCAAGGAUGCGUUUUUUUUCCCAAGCGCCGAGUCAGAACUAAAGCUCGUCUGCUAUCUCAACAAAGCAGUGAAGACAAUGCUGGUAUGUGUAUUUACAAUUACUAACAACAAUUUGGCUGACGCCAUUAGAGAUGCAGUCAAAAGAGGAGUUGACGUUAGAAUCAUUUCUGAUGAUGAGUGCAUGAAAAUGCUGGGAUCUGAUGUGAAACUUCUAUGCUAAUUUAUAUUGAAAUAUAAAAAUAAUUUAUCUGCUCAAAAGGAAAGGAUUUUAAUUUUCGUAAAGAUAAUGCUACUAGACAAAGAAUAUUCGAUGAAGGAAUCCCUUGCAGAGUAGACUUAGAUUCCCACGCUCACAUGCACAACAAGUUUGUGGUCAUUGACGACUAUUUAUUGCUAACUGGGAGCUUUAACUGGACAAAACAAGCUGUGAAUAAAAAUUGCGAAAAUUUGACAGUUAUUGAUGAUGCUCCACUUUGCAAGCUUUAUACUGAAGAAUUCAAUAAGCUAUGGAAACAGUUUGAAAGCAGUGAAGCCCAAUAUAUCUCUGGGUUCGUGCAGCCACCUCCAAUGAAAUUUGCAAAAAAGACUGAUAAAAAGCCAGAAGAAACCAAAAAGACAGAAGAAACCAAAGUAGAAGUUUCGAAAGUAGAAGAAGUAACUAAGGUUGAAGAAUCAGUAGAUUCAGCCAAAGAAAAGCCUGCUAAAAAGAACAGCGUUUCUGAGGAAGCUAAACCUGCAGAUGCUCCUAACUUGCCAAUUUAAAUUAGAAAAAUAAAUGUAAGUUUUGAUGCUUUUGGAUAAACCCCAUUAGCAAAUUUUUUCGAUAUAAAAUUUGUGGAUGCAAAUUAUCAUUCAUAUAAAUAGCUUAGAUAAAAUUAAAAUGGAUAAUUUUGCAUAAGUCGAUUUAUUGUUCUAUUUAAAGGAAAUGCAAUUAAAUAAUAUAUAUUUAUAUAAUUCAAAAAAAAAUUGUAUUCAAUUUUUUGAUUAUUUUUAAAAUUUCCCCAGCAGGAGAAAAUUUAAACUGGAAUAUAUUUUUUGCUGAAUUUAAUCAGAGGAAGUAAAGAAAAAACACCAAAAAAGAAUAGCAUUUCAGAAGAAGCCAAGCCUGCUGAGGAAGGAAAAUCUGAAGCUACACCAGCACAGCCUUCAGAAAAGAAGCCAAGAAAAGGGCGACCUCCAAAAGCAGCAGAAGGAAAAUCGACUGAAGAAAAGAAAGAGCCAAAGCCGAGGAAAACACCUGUUAAAAAGGAUACACCAAAAAAGCAGUCAGGUAGAAAGAAGAAAAAGCAAGAGUCAGAUGAAGAGUCGGCAGGAUCGGAGUCAAAAGUUCUUCAGCUUGAAUCAGACUCUGAAGGACCUGCAGGAGGAAAAUCGGAUUCAGAUUUCGAAUAA